GAAACACGGGUUGAUAAGACGCUUUAAGAAUGCCGCAAGCAAAUCUAAAACUUAGUGCUCAUGACCGACAAGUAUUGGAUUCGAUAUUUAAUCCAUUGGAGCUUACAUCUACCUGUGGCGAUGUCUCUGUUCCAGCCGAUGUCACCGAACUGGUCGAUGUGGAACCACAAACCGAGGCAACGAAAGCAUCUAGAGAAUUGGAAUUAGAAGCAGUGUAUCUCACAGAACAGGGCCAAUUGGAGCAGGCAUUGAAAAAAUUCGAUGACGCCUUAGAGUUGGCACCUAAUCGAGCCUCAGUACUAAAUAAUAGAGCGCAGGCGCUGCGUUUGGUCAAACGAGAUGAGGAUGCACUUUCGGACUUAAAUCAAGCCAUUGAAUUGGCAAAUGAACAACUAAAAACCAAGUGUCAUGCCCAUUGCCAACGUGGAAUUUUAUAUAGAAAACUGGACAAUUUGGAGGCAGCCCGUAAAGACUUUGAAGUAGCUGCGCAACUAGGUAGCAAAUUUGCUAGGGAACAGCUUGUAGAGAUAAACCCCUUUGCUGCGCUCUGCAAUCAAAUGCUACGACAAGCCUUCAAUCAACUUAAAUGAACCUGAUGAUUAAAGUGAAUUAUUCAUUUCUAAACUGAAUUCGAACUGCGCUGUAAAUAGAUAUUGGGACACUGCUAAAAUAUGUACGUGUAUAUGAUAUGAUUUUCUUCUAAGGGAAAUAUAAAAUAGUU